AUGGCCAUCAAAAAUUUCUCAAUUGAAUAUGAUGCCAUCAACAGCAAAAACAUUUUCACAAAUGGAGAUACCAUUAAUGGAAGAAUCAUCGUUGAGGUUUCGAAACAAAUUGAAAUCAAAUCGCUGAUUUUCAUUGCGCAAGGAAGAGCUCGGGUUUGCUGGUCUGAACAUUAUGGGCAAUAUUAUCAUCACGUCUACUGGUCUGAUGAAAAAUAUUAUGACGUCAAACAUCAUAUAUUGAGAAAAGCUGAUGGCACAGAAGUCCUUGGUAAAGGAAGACAUGUAUUUCCUUUUUCCUUCGACAUUCCUGAUAGAAAAUUACCAUCAUCGUUCAAGUCCUGCAUAGGAAAAGUUGUCCAUAAGGUGAAGGCAGAGCUCAAACAAUCAAUGAAGUUGACAGAAAAAGCUAAAGUCCAUUUCACAUUUGUGUCCAAAGCAGACAUGGACAUUCCUGGACUUAUGGAACCUCAGUAUGCUUGCAAGGAUAAAACUCUCCAAGUUUUUGGCUCAGGAACUGUUGCAAUGGAUGUUCGUACAAAGCGGAUGGGAUAUGAGCAAGGUGAGGCUCUUCAAGUCACCGCUGAACUCAAAAACCAAUCAAGUCGUUCUGUGAAGCCCAGAUUCAUUCUGUAUGAGAAGAAGAGUUUCUUUGCCCAGGGUCGAAGGAAAGUGCAAACACAUCAGAUCCUGAAAGUGAAAAUUGAAGCUGUUGCUUCUGGUGGCAAUGAAACUGUGACCAAGGUGAUCACCAUCCCCAGAGAACUACCUCCCUCCAUCUUGAACUGCUCCAUCAUCAAGCUGGAGUACAGGCUGAAGGUUUAUUUGGAUAUCAAAUGUGCUACAGACCCAGUGAUCAAACUCCCUAUAGUUGUCCUACCGUCCUUUGAGGACCCUGCUAUGAAGAAACCACCUGCCUCUGCUGCCUUUGGAUUUGAAGCAUUUGAAAACCCAAACCAACCCAACUGGAGCAUCACACCACAACAACAAGCAGCACCCCAACAUAUGGAUCCCCCUCCUCCUUAUGGAGCAUAUGCAAUAUACCCCUCUACUGAUCCUGACAAGUAUCAAAGUGCAAUGUAA